UCGCGGCUUCUCCUCCGGAGGCGCUGAGUGCGCGCCUCGCCCGCGUGGCCCCUCGGGGCGCACUUUGGGGCCAAGAGGAAAAUGGGGGAGAAAGUUUCGGAGGUGCGGGAACCGCUUCCCCGAGGCUGCAGCGGCCACGGCGGCCGGACUCCCGCCUCUGCGGCGGCUGCAACGUCUUCACCGGGCGCUUCCUCGGCCGAGUCUUCUUCGGGCUCAGAAACUCUGUCGGAGGAAGGGGAGCCCGGCGGCUUCUCCCGCGAGCAGCCGCCGCCGCCGGGCGGCGCCCAGGGCGCCCGGUCAUCCGCCGCGUGGGCUCCGGUGCGCGUGGUGCUAGAGCUUGGAGUCCCCGCGCCGCCGCUGCCGCGCCCUGGAGGAGCCGCGCCGCCCGCGCCUCUGGACAGCAGUGCGUCCCAGGAGGAGCAGGACGAGGAGCUUGACCACAUAUUGUCGCCUCCACCCAUGCCGUUUCGGAAGUGCAGCAACCCAGAUGUGGCUUCUGGCCUUGGUAAGUCACUGAAGUUUAAAAGGCAGCUGAGCGGUGAGGAUGGACGGCAGCUGCGACGGGGGAGCCUGGGAGGAGCACUGACUGGGAGGUACCUCCUACCAAACCCGGUAGCGGGGCAGGCCUGGCCAGCCUCCGCAGAGACGUCAAACCUUGUGCGCAUGCGCAGCCAAGCCCUGGGUCAGUCGGCGCCCUCCCUCACUGCCAGCCUGAAGGAGCUGAGUCUCCCCAGAAGAGGAAGCUUGAUAGAUUCCCAGAAGUGGAAUUGCUUGGUCAAACGUCUCACUCCACGGAGCCUGAGUCCAACCCCAUCCAGCCCAGGCAGUCCCUGUAGUCCUCUCUUCGCCUUCCACUUUUGGAGUUGCCGAACAAGUAACCGGAAGAGCUUGAUAGGCAAUGGGCAGUCACCAGCAUUGCCUCGCCCACACUCACCUCUUUCUGCUCAUGCAGGAAAUAGCCCUCAAGAUAGUCCAAGAAAUUUCUCCCCCAGUGCCUCAGCCCAUUUCUCAUUUGCACGGAGGACUGAUGGACGCCGCUGGUCCCUGGCUUCUCUCCCUUCCUCUGGCUAUGGGACAAACACGCCCAGCUCCACCGUCUCUUCGUCUUGUUCAUCCCAAGAGAAGUUGCACCAGUUACCAUACCAACCAACACCAGAUGAAUUACACUUCCUAUCGAAACAUUUUUGUACCACAGAAAGUAUCGCUACUGAGAACAGAUGCAGAAACACACCAAUGCGUCCCCGUUCCCGAAGUCUGAGCCCUGGACGUUCUCCCGCCUGCUGUGACCAUGAAAUAAUUAUGAUGAACCAUGUCUACAAAGAAAGGUUCCCAAAGGCUACCGCUCAGAUGGAAGAACGUCUAAAGGAAAUUAUCACCAGCUACUCUCCUGACCACGUUCUUCCCCUGGCAGAUGGAGUGCUUAGUUUCACUCACCAUCAGAUUAUUGAACUGGCUCGAGAUUGCUUGGAUAAAUCCCACCAGGGUCUCAUCACCUCCCGAUACUUCCUUGAAUUACAGCACAAAUUAGAUAAAUUGCUACAGGAGGCUCAUGAUCGUUCGGAAAGUGGGGAGUUGGCAUUUAUUAAACAACUAGUUCGAAAAAUUCUAAUUGUCAUUGCCCGCCCUGCUCGGUUAUUAGAGUGCCUGGAAUUUGAUCCUGAAGAAUUUUACUACCUAUUGGAAGCAGCAGAAGGUCAUGCAAAAGAAGGACAGGGUAUUAAAACUGACAUUCCCAGGUACAUCAUUAGCCAGCUGGGGCUCAAUAAGGACCCUUUGGAAGAAAUGGCUCAGUUGGGAAACUAUGAUAGUGGGACAGCAGAAACACCAGAAACAGAUGAAUCCAUGAGUAGCUCUAAUGCUUCCCUGAAACUUCGAAGGAAACCUCGGGAAAGUGAUUUUGAAACGAUUAAACUGAUUAGCAAUGGAGCCUAUGGGGCAGUCUACUUUGUUCGGCAUAAGGAAUCCCGACAGAGGUUUGCCAUGAAGAAGAUUAAUAAACAGAACCUCAUCCUCCGAAACCAGAUCCAGCAGGCCUUUGUGGAACGGGAUAUCCUCACUUUUGCAGAGAAUCCUUUUGUGGUCAGCAUGUACUGCUCCUUUGAAACAAGGCGCCACUUGUGCAUGGUCAUGGAGUAUGUGGAAGGGGGUGACUGUGCUACUUUAAUGAAGAACAUGGGUCCUCUCCCUGUCGAUAUGGCUAGGAUGUACUUUGCUGAAACUGUCCUGGCUUUGGAGUAUCUACAUAAUUAUGGAAUUGUACACAGGGACUUGAAACCAGACAAUUUAUUGGUCACCUCCAUGGGGCAUAUAAAGCUGACAGAUUUUGGAUUAUCCAAGGUGGGACUAAUGAGCAUGACUACCAAUCUUUAUGAGGGUCAUAUUGAAAAGGAUGCUCGAGAAUUCCUGGACAAACAGGUCUGUGGCACACCUGAAUACAUUGCACCAGAAGUGAUUCUGAGGCAGGGCUAUGGAAAGCCGGUAGACUGGUGGGCCAUGGGGAUUAUCCUCUAUGAAUUUUUGGUUGGAUGCGUGCCAUUCUUUGGGGACACUCCAGAAGAGCUAUUUGGACAAGUCAUCAGUGAUGAAAUCAAUUGGCCUGAAAAGGAUGAGGCGCCACCACCCGAUGCCCAGGAUCUGAUAACUUUGCUUCUCAGGCAGAAUCCCCUGGAGAGACUGGGAACAGGUGGUGCAUAUGAAGUCAAACAGCAUCGAUUCUUCCGUUCUUUAGACUGGAACAGUUUGCUGAGACAGAAGGCAGAAUUUAUUCCCCAACUGGAAUCCGAAGAUGACACAAGUUAUUUUGAUACUCGGUCAGAGAAGUAUCACCACAUGGAGACUGAGGAAGAAGAUGACACAAAUGAUGAAGACUUUAACGUAGAAAUAAGGCAGUUUUCCUCAUGUUCACAUAGAUUUUCAAAAGUUUUCAGCAGUAUUGAUCGAAUAACUCAGACUUCAGGAGAAGAGAAGGAAGACCCUGGGGACAAAACCAAAAGUACAACUCUGCCGUCCACGGAGACCUUAAGCUGGAGCUCAGAAUAUUCUGAAAUGCAACAGUUAUCCACCUCCAACUCUUCAGAUACUGACAGCAACAGACAUAAACUCAGCUCUGGUCUGCUCCCCAAACUGGCUAUUUCAACAGAGGCAGAACAAGAUGAAGCUGCUCCCUGUUCCAGAGACCCCCAUGAGGAGCCAGAGAAGCCAGUUCUUCCUCCUGCAGAGUGUGCUCAGGAGGAGCCCGAGGUCACCACCCCAGCCAGCACCAUCAGCAGCUCCACCCUGUCAGUUGGCAGUUUUUCAGAGCACUUGGAUCAGAUAAAUGGACGAAGCGAGUGUGUGGACAGUACAGAUAAUUCCUCAAAGCCAUCCAGUGAACCCGCUUCUCACAUGGCUCGGCAGCGAUUAGAAAGCACAGAAAAAAAGAAAAUCUCGGGGAAAGUCACAAAGUCCCUCUCUGCCAGUGCCCUGUCCCUCAUGAUCCCAGGAGAUAUGUUUGCUGUUUCUCCACUGGGAAGCCCAAUGUCUCCCCAUUCCCUGUCUUCUGACCCUUCAUCUUCACGGGAUUCCUCACCCAGCCGAGAUUCUUCAGCGGCUUCUGCCAGUCCACACCAGCCCAUCGUCAUCCACAGUUCCGGGAAGAACUAUGGCUUCACCAUCCGAGCCAUCCGGGUGUAUGUCGGCGACAGUGACAUCUACACUGUGCAUCACAUCGUCUGGAAUGUAGAAGAAGGAAGUGCAGCAUGCCAGGCAGGACUGAAAGCUGGCGACCUCAUUACACACAUCAAUGGAGAGCCGGUGCAUGGACUUGUCCACACAGAAGUUAUAGAGCUCUUGCUGAAGAGUGGAAAUAAGGUGUCAAUCACUACCACCCCGUUUGAAAACACAUCAAUCAAAACAGGACCAGCCAGGAGAAACAGCUACAAGAGCCGGAUGGUGAGGCGGAGCAAGAAAUCUAAGAAGAAAGAAAGUCUAGAAAGGAGGAGAUCCCUUUUCAAAAAACUAGCCAAGCAGCCUUCUCCUUUACUCCAUACCAGCCGAAGUUUCUCCUGCUUAAACAGAUCCCUGUCAUCAGGGGAAAGCCUUCCAGGGUCCCCCACUCACAGCUUAUCUCCCCGGUCUCCUACACCCAGCUAUCGCUCCACCCCCGACUUCCCAUCUGGUACCAACUCCUCCCAAAGCAGCUCACCCAGUUCUAGUGCCCCCAAUUCUCCAGCAGGGUCAGGACACAUCCGGCCCAGUACUCUGCACGGUCUGGCCCCCAAACUGAGUGGGCAGCGGUACCGCUCUGGAAGGCGGAAGUCAGCUGGGAGUAUCCCGCUCUCCCCCUUGGCCAGGACACCCUCUCCAACUCCACAGCCCACCUCCCCACAGCGGUCACCAUCACCUCUCCUGGGACAUUCACUUGGCAAUUCCAAGAUCGCUCAAGCCUUUCCCAACAAAAUGCACUCCCCUCCCACCAUCGUCAGACACAUUGUGAGGCCUAAGAGCGCAGAGCCCCCGCGUUCCCCGCUGCUCAAGCGUGUGCAGUCAGAGGAAAAGCUCUCUCCCUCCUACGGCAGUGACAAGAAGCACCUGUGUUCCCGCAAGCACAGCCUGGAGGUGACACAGGAGGAGGUGCAGCGGGAGCAGCCCCAGCGGGAGGUGACCUUGCAGAGCCUGGAGGAGAACAUGUGUGACGCGCCUUCCCUGAGCCGGGCCAGGCCAGUGGAGCAGGGCUGCCUGAAGCGCCCAGUCUCCCGCAAGCUAGGGAGGCAGGAAUCCGUGGAUGACCUGGACCGAGAUAAGCUGAAGGCCAAGGUGGUCGUGAAGAAACCAGAGGGCUUCCCAGAAAAACAGGAGUCCCACCAGAAAUCCCAUGGACUUGGUAGUGAUUUGGAAAACCUCCCUUCCUUUAGGCUAGAGGAGAGAGAGAAGAAAAUAUAUCCGAAGGCUCUAGAAAGGUCAAGCCAUUUUGAAAAUAAAGCGUCCCUGCAAGAAGCCCAGUCCCUGGGCAGCUUAUUGAAAGAUGCUCUUCACAAGCAGGCCAGUGCACGGGCCAGUGAAGGGGUGGUCUCGGAGGGGGCAGUGCCCGCAGAGCAUGGGCAGGGUACCUGUGACUUCAAACGGUCCUCUGCACCCAGCACUCUGCAGGACGGUCUCUGCACUUCCACCGACAGGACCACUUUCAGGAAGGGUGAAAACACAGAGAAGACUCCCCAGUCCAAGGAGUAUCUCCGCUGUGAGAAGUUAGACAGCAAGAUGGCCAACAUUGAUUACCUCCGAAAGAAGAUGUCACUUGAAGACAAAGACGACAGUUUCUGUCCAGUGCUGAAGCCCAAGAUGACAUCUGGUGCCCAUGAAUGCCUGCCCGGGAGCCCAGCCAGGGCCCUGGGUGGGCUGCAGGAGGCUCCCCCUGCCUCUGAGAGUCGGGCGUUCAUCAAUAGUGCCCAGAUUAGCGCCGUCUCUUUUGUUCCUCUGAAGGCCUUGACUGGCCGGGUGGACAGUGGAGCAGAGAAGCCAAGCUUGGUUGCUCCCGAGUCACCUGUCCGGAAAAGCCCUUCUGAGUAUAAGCUGGAAGGUAGGUCUGUGUCAUGCCUGAAGCCAAUUGAGGGCACUUUGGACAUCGCUCUCCUUUCUGGACCUCAAGCUUCCAAAGCAGAGCUGCCUUCACCAGAGCCCACCCAGAGCCCCAGCCCAGGCAGUGAUGUGGCACCUUCACUCCCCCUCCCCAGCAGCGGGGGGAAAAAGGGUGAAACUGUGAGUCAGAGGGAGUCUUCCUCUGCCAGCUUCAAGGUAAAUAAAUCCUACCUGCUGGAGCCUCGGUUCCCACCACCUGGCCGGGGUAUGCAGAAUUCAGCUGUAGCAGUCCUGCCUGACCCGGUGCUAAAGCGAGACAGGAAGGUUUCCCAUGCUUCCAGAAAUGCCGGGACUGUCGUGGAAAGCGACCCGCAACGGAGAGAGAGCGGUGCCAGCAAACACCUAGACAACAGCCUUGACCCUAAGGUCCAUCCUUUCCUGGGGCCGAACCUCCAGGGUGCCGACACAGCCAGGCCACGGGGGCCACUCCCACCUGAAGCUACUCCCUUGAGGGAGAAGCCGGGUCUGAAGGAAUCAUCCGAAAGGGGCCCUUCCACAGCCAGGAGUGAGUGGACUGCUACAAAGGCCAGGGUCCUCAGGGACCAUUCUGUGGAGCUCUGUCCUCCAGAAAGUGCUAAAACCAGUGACAAAGCCAAAAAUCUCCCCUCUGCGGGAAGGACCCACCCAGAUUCCUACACACAGAUCCAGACCUUGGAGAAAGUGUGGGGGCCUUCUGGGAAAACAAACCAUAAAGAUGGUCACGAUGAGGUGAGGUCCCUGCCCAGAGAGGACUCCUCUUUGUUUUCAGGGGUGACUCCUGAAAGAGAGCUGGGCAAGGGAAAAAGUAGUCUGGAACCUAAGCCAGAAGCCCUCCCUGCCAAGAGGUCUCUGCAGACACCCACACCUGAGGGUGGGAAGAGUGAGAAGCUCCCUGGUUUCCCAUCUUUGCAGAAAGAUGUCCCCAAGGAACUGGAAAGAAAAGAACAGCCUCUUCAAAAGCAUUUCGGCAGUAGCUCUCAGCCCCCACCCAUCACCAAAGAGCCACCCAGCAAUGCUGUUCGCCAGCAUUGCAGGUCACCCAGCCACUCUUCAGGCAAAGAGCCAGGAAAUAAGCCCUAUGCUACUGAUCCCAGCCCAGGCCUCCAGGACCCUCCCAAGUCCACUGCUGUGCACAGUGAAAGUAGCAGCCACAAGCUGAGGCCUGGCCCUGAUGCAGGCCCUGCAAAGUUGAAGCACCUAGAGAGGCUCCUCUCCUCCCAGAAGCUGAGCGUGGGGGCUGCAGUGGGCAGAGAGUCUGGCGCUCUGCCUCUUGGUGGCCCUAGUCAAGAAGGAAAGGAAAGCAGUAAAAGUGUGCUGGACUCCUUCCCUGACACCCCAAGUUCCCAGAAAGCAGCCAGUGAUACAAUUUUCCAGGGAGGAAGUGGGCCCUUGGUCCCACUACACACUGAAAAGGGGCCUCUAGACCCCAAGCUGAAACCUGCCAGUGGUGGGCAUCCCCUGGAGAUUCUGGAGAAGCCUGUGCAUCUGCCAAGGCAAGGACACCCAGGGGUUAGUGAGUUGGUAGAUCAGAAUGUUCCCAUUGUCAGUGAAAAGCAGAACCUGUCUCCAAAGCACCCAAAACCAUCCACUGUGAAAGAUUUCCCCUCUCUGUGCAAACAGACAGACAAGAGCCCCAGCCUUCUGGCCACCACCAUAGACCGGAAGUCUGAAGGGAAGAAAUGCACAGAAGCACUUUAUGUUCCAGCAGACAGCGGAAAGCUGGAGGCCAGCCUUUCCCUGACACACGGUGAGUCGAGGCUAAAAGCUGAGAAGCCUGCAGCAGCAGCGGGGAAGGGAUUCACAGAGGCUAAGGGAAAAGGCCUCAGUCCCCAGAAGCCAUUGACUGAAGCAGGCAAGCCCAGUGGCAUGAAACGCUCACCCUCGGCCACUGGGCAGAGUUCUUUUCGAUCAGCUACCCUCCCAGAGAAGUCUCUUAGCUGCUCCUCCAGCUUUCCUGACACCAGGUCAGGAGUUCGAGAUGCCUCCACAGCCAGCAACAACCCCUCUUCUGUCAAGGCCUAUGGGACUGAGGCCACGGCCUCCAUUAACAGGGACCAAAGGAAGUCCCUGCCCGCGGGGGAUGGCAGAACCCAAAUGACAAAGAGCGACUCUAUGCCAUCCUUUCGGAGCUCUGCUGUCACUCUGGAGUCACACCACCCCAACUCAAGUGUGGCUGGGGGAGCUGGCCACCGGGACAGGGCGCUCUCAGUCACUGCCCCCGUAGGAGAAACCAAAGGGAAAGAACCUGCCCCUGUCCAGCCUCCUCAGACUAGGAAACAGAAUGUGGGCAGAGAAGUAACCAAGCCGUCCCCAGCACCAAGCGCUGACCGCCCCAUCUCCCUUUCUUCUGAGAAGGACUUUGUGGUACGGCAGAGGCGGGGGAAAGAGAGUUUGCGUAGCAGUCCUCACAAAAAGGCCUCGUGAUGGGGCUGGCCCCAGGGCAGGACUGGGGUCACCCAACCUGAAUGUGUUACUGUGUCUUGACUACCUUUGAAACCAGCACUGUGUGGGAAUGUCCGCCAGGCAGAGCCGGGAGCCUCACUGAAGAAGGAGAAAGAGAAAGAGAAUUUGGAAAGCGAGAAAGGACCUUCUUCCAAAUGCCUUCCCAGUUGUAACCGGUAAAACUGUUACCAGAUAGUGUUUGUACAAAAAAUCACUACCUUUACAGUUGAGGGUUGUUGAGGAGAAAGAUUUUCUCUGUAAAUAUCUAGCGAUGUGUUUGGUUUUGGAUGUAGAGUCUACACCUUGCUGCUGAUCGCAUUGUUUACUUCAGCUUUGUUUGGGUUUUUUUCAAUUAGAUUUUUUGCUUUACCACUCACCAUAAUGUAGUAAUGAAGAGAAAUGGUUAAAACUGGGUGUGUGUAAAAGUAUAGAUGCACCCCCAUUUGUGUAUAUACACAUCCACACACGUUUUGAUGUCUGUGAUUGAAGAGAAUAUUUCAAGGCUGCGUUUUUACAAGUUCAAACAUUCUACGUAGAGUUAAAGAAGAAAGCAAGCCCUAAAUACAGUAGAUUGUGAGUUUUUAUGUGUAUUUUUAAGCAGAAAUUUUGAUAGUACUGUAUCUGGCUACCUAUAUUUCCAGAUUAAAGCAAGAACUCCUCUAAUCACUGCUUUUGGAAUCCUCCUCCAUUAGAAAUGGCCAGAACAGAUGGAGUUAGCCAUUUCAUUUCACAGUCAUCUUAAUGGACAUUGUGAUCCUGGGUCCAACUGUCUGUCAGGCCAGUUGUCCUUGUCUGUGGGUGUGUAUGUCAGUCUUCACCAUAGGUAGAGCGGGGGCUGUGAACGCACGUCACCUUUAUUUCUGUUCUCUUGCUUUUCCUUCUUUUCCUGCUCUUAAACUCAGGCCUUUAUGCUGUGAGUGGCUUGUCCAAGAAGCACACAUUUCCUAGUAGUCCUGAACCAGCCCUGCUUCUGACAUAAAAGGAAAAUUGCUGGACACACACGAAUCUGCUAGUACUUAGGUUGAGUAAUGAGCAUUAGGCAUUGGAAGAGGUUUUAAAUUUGCUUUUUUGAGGACAAGAAGGGGGGGGUGGAUUUUGGCAUCAUAGCAUAUAUAUUAAGGAAUAAUCAGGACAUCAGAUACAUUUUAAUACAUAGCUGGGGCCUUAUGUUGUAGAUGAAGCUUGCUGUUUUUAGCAAGCUCCUGGUUUUCACAUUCAUUUCUGAUGCAUUGAGUAGCUCCACACAUUUCAUAAUAUGUCCUCUUUAUUUAUAUGCAAAAAUUACUAUAUUAAUAAAGAGGAACAUUUUUGUAACACAACGACUUGUUGGAGCUAUUUGGUGCUUGAAUGUGACUGUCCUUUUUACUUUUGCUAAGCCUUAUUUAAAUUUUGUAUACCAUGAAUAUGUAGAAUUUGUCAAAUCAUUUUAGUGCUGAGGGGUUUCUGUUUGUUUGUUUUUUUUGUUCCAGUUUUACUGGUGUACUGUAAGAUGGCACUUGCUGACAUAAGUACUAAGGCACUAAGAGAAAAUACACAGAUAAGUAUUUAUAAGAUGCUUGGGAUCCAUAGCAGAAUUUUUGUUCUGUUUUGUAAGAGAAAAAAAUUACCAAUAAAUACUAAUCCAGCACCCAACCCCCACAGGGAUGGUUAAAUAUCUUCAAGCUAUAAAAUUAUUCAUCCAAGCACAGCAUCAUCUUAAUAGCCCUGUGGAUUGUAAAUCAUUUAGCGAAGCUGUAAACUCCGCUUCAAAAACAAAGGCGUAACUUAACUGCUUGGUUGUCCUUCAUUGUAAAAUGAGUUGGCAAUGACAAAAAAGUCUCCUCCUUGCCCCUAAUUUUUUUCCCAUGUGGUUUCAGCCAUUCCCUAUCAUUAUGUUGUGAAAGUGUAGGAGAAAAAAAUACUUAACAAAAACUUAAAUGAGUUUCAAAAACGGUCUCAACAUUUAUAAUUAAUAUCUGUGUCUGGCAGUUGUCAUAGCCCAGUCUGUGUGCACUCAGACCUCCAGACUGGUCUACAGGGAGGUAGUUCAUGGUUUACAGCCUUUGCUUUUUAACUGUCCAGUUUCCUUUAAAGCACAACUAGCUGCUUGUUUACAAAUGAUAUUUUUAUGUAUAUUUUGUAUAGUGUAUUAUCAUUUUUGCCAAAUAUGUUUUUGCAUUCUGGUUGAGUAAAGAGUGCUUAAGGUUGCAUUCAUGUAGUACCUGUUUGUUGUUGUAAACCUCUCCAAUCAGCUGGUAGAAAGUCUCCUGUGUUCUAUUUGGUCGGUCUCCUGUGAUUGUAAGAUGUGCUCCUCGGUAGUACUCCCAGCUGUAGAUUUACCAGCUUAAAAGUUUGUUAGGAUCUGUGCAAUAAAGUGUUUGCAGUCUUAUUUUCUCUAAGAAAUUCCCUAUGGAUGUCAUAAUUGUUGUAUAUUGAACAAAUAUUUAUACUUAUGCAGUUGCAUAACAUUGAAAUAAAAAUUUAGC